AUGCUGCUUCAGUAUGUUCGCCAGUUUGGUCAGAAGCUGGUGCGCAGGCGGCCACUGGAGACCAGGGCAGAGUCAGAGAGACCCACACCUCAUCUGAACACCCUCGACCUGGUGGCCCUGGGCGUGGGCGACACCCUGGGAGCUGGCGUGUACAUCCUGACUGGUGAAGUAGCCAAAAUGAUAGCUGGACCAGCGACCGUCAUCUGCUACCUGGUGACCGCCCUGUCCUGUGUGAUUUCUGGUCUCUGCUUUUCUGAGUUUGGGGCCCGGGUACCACGCUCUGGUUCUGCGUAUCUCUACAUCUACGUCACUGUGGGACAACUGUGUGCCUUCAUUACUGGUUGGAACAUCAUACUGACCUUAGUCAUCGCCACUGCCUAUAUAGCCCGGGCCUGGAGCUACACCUUUGACAGCCUGAUUGGGAACCACAUCUCUCGGGUGUUACAGGGAACAGUCUCUCUGCAAAUACCCUACUUCCUGACCACAUAUGCAGACUUUUUUGCCCUGGCCCUGGUGCUGCUGCUCACAGGUGUACUGGCUCUGGGAGCUCGUGAGUCAACCCUGGUCAACAAAGUGUUCACGGGCAUCAACGUUUUGGUUCUCAGCUUCUUCAUCCUCUCUGGCUUCAUUAAGGGAGACCUGCACAAUUGGAAGCUCACGGAACAGGACUACAAACUGAACAUAUCCGGAUCUGGGGACAUUUAUAGCUUGGGCCCUCUGGGAUCUGGAGGAUUUAUGCCUUUUGAUUUUGAAGGGAUUCUCCAUGGAGCAUCAAGAUGUUUCUAUGCAUAUCAUGGUUUUGAUUUCAUUGCCACUAGAGGGAAAGAAGCCCUAAAUCCUCAGCGGUCCAUCCCUGUGAGCAUCAUGAUCACGAUCUUCAUCUGCUUUGUGCUGUAUUUUGGUGUCUCAGCGGCACUCACCCUCAUGGUGCCCUACUACCUGAUUCAUCCUGCAAGCCCCUUGCCUCAGGCCUUUCUCCACAUUGGGUGGGAUGCUGCCAGAUAUGUCAUGGCUGUUGGCGCCCUCUGUGCUCUUCCAUCCAGCCUCCUGGGCACCAUGUUCACCACGCCUCGGGUAAUCUGUGAAAUGGCAGAAGAUGGGCUCCUUUUCCAGGGACUAACCUGUAUCCACACCCGCUCAGGCACCCACAUCAUGGCCAUCAUGGCUUCUGGAAGCCUUGCAGCGGUCUUGGCAUUACUCUUUGAGUUCGGUGACCUUGUGGACCUCGUGUCAAUAGGGAUCCUGCUUGUUUACUUCCUCGUGGCUUUUUCUAUUCUUGUCCUCAGGUACCAGCCAGAAGAGAAUUUAAGCAAGAGGGAGAAAACAGAAAAUGAAAUUGAGAUUUCUGAACGUGAAGCAAGUCGUUUGGAAUCUGUACCUGAAGCAGGAAUCUCAAGGAUUCUAAAGAGUCUGUGGUUCCCACCCAGCACCAUCCCCACCCAGAAAUCUGGCCAGAUUGUCUAUGGAUGUGCCUCCCUGCUUGUUCUCUUGCUGAUAAUCCUGAGCCUGAUCCUGGCCCAGUGGCCCAGCGAGGUGUUCUCUGGAGACCCCGUGCUCACAACAGUGGCUGUGCUGAUGUUGCUGCUCAUCACUGGGGUCACAGUCAUCAUCUGGAGGCAGCCCCAGAACCCCACUCAUCUUAUGUUCAGGGUCCCUGCUCUGCCUGUCCUCCCCUUGGUGAGCAUCUUUGUGAACGUUUACUUCAUGAUGCAGUUGACCUCUAAGACCUGGGCCCUAUUUGGCAUCUGGAUGGCAAUUGGAUUCAUUAUAUACUUUGCAUAUGGGAUCCGACACAGCCUGGCGGGGAAUAAUGAGCAACAGUCACCAACCUCUACCUCCCAGACUUGA